GCACUUGUGAAAAAAUAGACUUCGACUUACCGUCUCGAAAUAUACUUCUCUAUCUCUCCGCCCUCGUGCACUUCCUACUAGCUCCAAACGGACCAAACCACUACCAACUCUCUUCAACACACCUCGGCAUUCUCGCCCCACUCCUCAACUAAAACACACCCCCAUCUUCUCAAUUCUUCAUCUUCACAAACACACAGACAAAUGGCUUCUUCAGCUCUCACUCAUGCUCUGUUUUCUCCUCUCACUUCUCACUCACCCAUUUCUAAUCGGACCCUCCUUACCCCUUCUCUAGCUUUGCCCCGUAAGCAAUUCGGAUCCCCAGUCUUAUCCACCCAUUCCAACUUGACCCACAAAGCUUUCAUUGUCAAUUGUACCCCUCCUGAGAAAGAAUCAACUAAUCAAGAACUUCCAAUUGAAUUGAGGUACCCUGCAUUUCCAACUGUCAUGGAUAUCAACCAGAUUCGCGAGAUUUUGCCUCAUCGCUUUCCGUUUCUUCUAGUUGAUAGAGUGAUUGAAUACAAAGCUGGGGAAUCUGCUGUUGCUAUCAAGAAUGUGACCAUCAAUGAUAACUUUUUUCCGGGGCAUUUUCCGGAUAGGCCAAUCAUGCCCGGUGUGCUCAUGAUUGAGGCAAUGGCACAGGUUGGUGGCUUGGUUAUGUUGCAACCAGAAGUGGGAGGGUCGAAGGAUAAUUUUUUCUUUGCUGGGAUUGACAAAGUGAGGUUCAGAAAACCAGUGAUUGCAGGAGACACCCUGGUGAUGAAAAUGACGCUCACCAAGCUGCAGAAGCGCUUUGGAAUAGCAAAAAUGGAAGGGAAGGCAUAUGUUGGAGGCGAGGUGGUAUGUGAAGGUGAAUUUUUGAUGGCUAUGGGUUAGUGGAUGAAGUUCUUUGAUAGAUGUAUGCUUUAAAUUUUGCUGUACUUGUGCUUUUACCCUUUUUAAACAAUUUUCCUGUACUUGCAUUUCUUAUUCCGUUAAACCAUCUUUCAUGUUGACUGUAAGUGUAAGACAAUUUUCCGGUCCAUGACCGCAGAAGCAUCAGAAUAUCUGUAUUAGAUGAAAUCCACAUAUUUAGAGGAAUAAAAUUCCUUUUGAGUAUUUA